AUGGAUCAUACACCCAGCAGUGGUGACAAUGGCGACAACAACACCUCCACCCUAGGCGGCCGCAUCGAUAACAACAACAACAAAAACAACAACAACUGCGGCGUCGACCCUCUAGACCACUUGAACGAGGAUGUCCUGCAGUACACGUUCUCCUUCCUCGACCCGCUCGACCUCACAUCGCUCGCCCAGGUAUCCCGUUCUUGGCGCACAUACAUCAUGAGCAACGAAAGCUGGUGGCGAAGUCUCAUCCGUAGGGAAGGUGUCGAUGUACGCGAGUGGCGACGCGCCAAGGCUGAACGCGAAGCGCUGGCUAGAAAGGAAAGUCACGCACAGGUGCCAGACGCGCUAUGGGGAGCCGAUCAUACCACGGUCGAGGAGCUUGUACAGGCAUACCGAGGUCACCGGCAACUUCAGGACGCCUGGUCCAACCGUCACGUCUACGAGACUCAGAUGGCCGUCCCCGAGUUCAAGUUGAGAGACAUUAUGAUCGACCACAGCGAGGAUUACAUCUAUGCGCUGUCCGACCAUAGACCCGCAGGGAACAGGUGGAUAAUGGUACCCGACUCGGGUGUGGAGAAAACCCCACAGAAUCUCCAUGUUCUCGACCGGUACAGUGGCAAACUGCUGCUCUCCAUCCCCUGGAUUACUGCAGACGCAAUCAUGGCCGUUGGCGCCGGAUAUGUUGUUGUCUCGUCCUCCUGUGGUAACCGCGACCACCGCAGGUCGUACGACCAUCGUGACCACCCUUCAGCAUCUGUCGGCUACCUGACAAUCUACCGUACUGCCAAUGCCGCGGAGCGCAGAGCUGGUGUCGCUACGGCACUGGAUAUGCCCCAAAUCUCGCCAUUCAAGUCUCAGCGUGGUCUGCCUCUCGAGCAUGCUACGACUUUGAGAGGCUAUGAGGCGUGGCACGCCUUUUGCGUUGGGCUCGACACUCGAGGCGACGUCCCGCAUGCCGUCCUUGCAGGUGUCGACUAUUCGGGUGUCUCUCUGUGCAGCCUUGAUAGCAUGGUAGAUGGCACACCCCUCAUCAUCGAACACUAUCCCAUCAACUUGCGGGAGCUGGACCAACCUGAUCCUGCAGGUAGCCUACCGGACGCCCAACCCGAAACGUCCCUGCGAUCAGUCACGUUUGACGAAGACUAUGUCUAUGUCGGCACAAGCAGGCAGCUCGUUGUCAUCUCGCGCAAGACAAAGAAGAAGGUCGUCGCGUUUCCCGACCCUACGGAGCCCAUUUUGCCAGCCAACAAGACUGCACAUGUCGUCUACCAAGUCUAUUACAACUAUCCGUACGGCAGUCGAGACUUCAACAGGGAUGACCCACAACGGGACACUGACGUCCCGACCGGACCAUCUGACACGAUCACGUUCACCAUUCUUGGACAUUCUGGCCAGUAUCGUGAAGAAGCCGGCUCCGGUACACACCUCAUGUUUGGUGCAACGACAAACCCCCAGUUCACAAGUAUCAAGUUUACGACAGGUGACCUCGUCGUCGGCGGUGACGGUGGUGUUUGCCUUGUUGUGAGAGACUUUCGCCGCGUGUUGCGCGACGUGGAGCGGAUGGAGCACUCUCCAACACUCCGCCGAGAGGCUGUUGCAGCCAACACGAUCAUGUUCACCUUUACGCAUGAGUUGAACGUGGCAGAGACUAUUGGGGACCGUAUUGUGUUCCACUCUGACAGAUCCAUUCUCACGAUGAUCGACACCAACGACUUUCCGGACCUGUCGUCCGUCAAGACCGAGUCCGAUGAGGUUCCCCCAUUGCCGGCUAGCGGGUUUGAGAUCUCUUCUAUUGAGGACCUUCAGUACAGGUCAUGGGUAGCAGUGGAUGCCCGCGGAGUGUACCUCUCCGACUGGGAUAAGGGCUUCCCCACGAACACUGCCAACUACGAGCACGCCCACGAGGAGCAAAUGGGAGGCCAUUGGGAUUAUGAGGUUGAACCAAACUGGGGUUGUAUUAAAGUGUGGUCACACCGCCCCGAGGCUGAAAUCAUGCACCGCGAUCACUGUCGCCGUGUGCGUGAACACCUGACUACGCCACAACACUAUUGGCAACCGAUCGAUACCUUCCACCAACCCCCCGAACCGGAGACCAUCCUUGACACUGGAGCGCUUGCGUUUUUGUUUGGGUAUGAGUAUGUUAGUGAACAGGAGGAGGGCAGUGGAGACUCUUACGAGGAGGAUAGUGAUGGCUCUCACGAGGAGGAGGAGGAGGAUCCCGCGGACGGGGAGCAAGUUGCCGCCGAGGACCCUGCACUUGACUACGCGAUGGCGGAGCUCAUAGUUUGA